AUGAGCUCGUCGUACGUGAUCUCCUCGUUAUGGAUGGGUAUCCGACGGAUGUCUUCGCCGAACGACACUUUGAUAAUGAGUUUACCCGUGAGGUCGAGGUGUGAGAACUCGCCGUCGUUUACGGCCGUAAAACUGGCCGUCGAGUUGCUGGAGGCCAUCGGCGGUGCCGGUGAUAGUCGCGGGGGUUGUGAGCACUGGGAGGGAAUGGUGGCGCCCAACUCACGCGUGAGUGAAUCAGUCACAACUGUCGGUCGAGUCAUCAAAGUUUGCAUUCAGAGGAUAUUUGCCAUCAAAACGAUGGAGACAUCACCGAAACGGAUCAAAUUGGACGCCACAGCUAUCGGUGAGCCAAUGCCCUCCGCGAGCGGUGGUGUCGGUGAUAAUGAGGGCAAUAAGUGGCGCUCACUAUUGGACAGGCGUUUCGAUGAGAAGGACGUCGGUAUCAGUGAAUUCAUCGGCCAUUUCAAGCCAUUCACAGCUGUGCUGAAGAACCGUUACGAAGACUUCUUAGUGCACGAGAUCUCCCGCGAUGGUCGAGUCGUACGGCUAUUGGACACGAGUCGACCCGUAGAGGAUGUGAUACCAGUGCUGGACAUUCAUGAAGUGCUCGACGAUAGCACUGUUGAACAGAUCCGCCAAUUGGCGAAACCAUGCGAU